GUUUUCGCUUUUCUUUGGGCCCUCCUCUCUCCUCUCUCUCUUCCUCCAUUGUUCCCCUCCUCCCCUUCUCUCCCCUCUCCUCCUCGCUUCCGGCGAGAAGCUCCGGCGAGGCGAAGCCUCCAGAACCUUCAGGAGAGCUCCUCACCGAAGGGACAAGGGGCCUUCUAGAACCUUGCUGCUUCCUCCCCCAAAGGCUUGCAGCGCUGGAUUGGCUCCGAAGAUCUUAAUUUUGCUCCAAAGGAAGGAUCCCCCAUCGCAAAUCUUGAUCUGUGGGUGGAUUUGGUGGGUUGAAAACUCCAUCUUUUAUGGGGCAAGGCUAUGCGAAAUCCUUGAUGCUCCCAUGGAGUUCUCCUCCCAUGGGGCAAGAGGUGAAGAGGCAGUAGAUAGAGGAGGAGCAAGAGGUGGAAGCGAAGAGAAGUAGGUGAGAAUAGGAAGGACGAAGGAUAAGGAGAGGAGGGAGCUCUCCAUGGGAGAGCCCCUCCUCACCACCCUGUCCAUGGAGAACACCAACAGCCAUCCCUGCACCCGCCUCUCCAUGGAUCCCGCCGGGUCGCACGCGGCCUCGGGUGACUCCUCCGGUGGCGGUGGAGGUGGCGGCAGCACCGGUGCCGGUGGUGGUGGUGGUGGUGGCGGUGGUGACAGGGAAUUGUUCAUCAUUCCGCGGCGUGAAUCUGCGCAUCCAGGACCACCGGACAUUAACCUGCCCCUUUCUGCAGACCCCUCACCACCACCGCCGCCGCAUCCGCCGUCGUGGGGUAUCGACCAGUUCGACAUGCUUGAUGUCGGUCUCGGCACGCAGACUUAUGAGUCUGAGGUUGCGCUCACGCUUCCAAAGUUGACUGGCAAUGGCAACACUGCGGUUGGCGUCGGUGCGAGGAAGUGUGCCAAGAGGGGGGACAGCAUUUGGGGUGCAUGGUUCUUCUUCAAUCACUACUUCAAACCUGCACUUGUGGAAAAGCCGAAGGGCAAGGUGACACGGGACUCUUCUGGGAGCGUUUCGGGCUUUGAGAAGUCUGAUCUUCGCCUUGAUGUCUUCCUGGUGCAGCAUGACAUGGAGAACAUGUACAUGUGGGUUUUUAAGGAACGGCCUGACAAUGCCCUCGGGAAGAUGCAGCUCCGGAGCUUCAUGAAUGGGCAUUCCAAGCAUGGUGAGCCAUCCUUUCCAUUCAGUGCAGAUAAGGGCUUUGCAAGGUCACACCGCAUGCAACGAAAGCACUAUCGAGGGCUGUCCAACCCACAAUGCCUUCAUGGGAUAGAGAUUGUGAGUUCACCAAAUCUGUCAGCUGUUCCUGAAGCUGAAAUGAAAAGGUGGGCGGAACUUACAGGAAGAGAACUUAAUUUCUCAAUUCCUCCUGAAGCAAGUGACUUUGAAUCAUGGAGGAAUCUUCCAAGCACUGAUUUCGAACUUGAUAGGCCACUGCCACUGUCAUCAAAGAUUACACAUGGCUCUCACAGUCACAAAAAGGCACUGAAUGGUUCAGGUCUUAACCUUUCUACGCCACCAUCAUCAGACGAUGGGAUGGACCUUUCACCAAAAUGCGCCAAGCGACGGAAGGACUUCUUUGCUCAUGGUGCAGAUGAGGAUUGCGUGAUGGCAAAUAAUUCUUGUUCUGACAGAGAGCAAGAGAUAGAAGUUCACACAGGUGAGCCGUCAUGGAUGCAUGAGUUCACUGGUGUAGCAAAACAUGCAAGUGGACCUGUUACGGCUGCCAAGACAAUAUAUGAGGACGAUGAAGGCUACUUAAUCAUGGUGAGCAUGCUCUUCUCUGAUCCUCACAGUGUCAAGGUCUCUUGGAGGAACACAUUGACACAUGGCAUUGUGAAGAUAUCGUGUGUGAGCACUGCUCGAAUGCCCUUUGUUAAGAGACAUGACAGGACAUUCAAGUUGACUGAUCCUUUCCCUGAGCACUGCCCUCCUGGAGAAUUUGUGAGAGAGAUACCUUUGGCUACAAGGAUUCCAGAAGAUGCAAAGCUCGAAGCGUAUUAUGACGAGACUGGCACUGGACUGGAAAUCAUGGUCCCCAAGCACCGAGUUGGACCCGAAGAGCAUGAAGUCCAGGUUUGCAUGAGGCCCCCACACCUUGGUGAAAACGAUCUUCUUUUAUCAUAGAACAGAAAACAGUUUAGUCUUUAGAUCUUCCUGUGUCAUGCCAUGAUAUGCAGGAAAGUAACAAGUGAUGCCAUGGAUAUUUUGCUGCUAAACAUUUAGCUGAAAUUCCUUUCUCAGUAGUGUUGGUGAUUUAGGCAAAAAAGUUACCACUUUGUUGAUUCUCCCCUGUACUUUUUACACUAGCACCACUAUAUUGGAGAUCUUGAUUUCUAUGGAACAUGGCAAAGUUAAAAUUCUGUAUAUAUAUCUGAUGAUCAAGUUCAACGGUUCAUUACUCCAUAAUAAUGUCGACAGCUACUUACGACUAGAAGUUCGGAACUGUGUUGUCAAUUUCAGCAA